AGCGAAGCAUGUUAGGUUGUUAGAAAGUUAAUGGCUUGGAGGAAAGAGACGCUCUUCUCGCUUCAGGAUUUUACUGAAGUAUAAACAUAAUUACUAACAACCUCAAAGAAAGUUUAAGACAAUAUUGCGUCUAUUAGAAUACAAAAUACUAAGGAAAGUAUGCAGGAUGCAGUAGCCGGGACGGCAAUGCUGACGGACGGCUUCGAGGACGAGAUUGACUCUGUGACUCCGCGCUCCCCUGCCGUAGGAAUGGGGGUUGGAGCCACACCAGGAGCCGGACUCGGGGGUUUAGGGAUUGGUGUUGGUGGAAAGAAAGUCCGCUUGUUUGGCGAGGCUGGUGGGCCUGCAGCUGACCGGCUUGAUUUCCAGCUCGCAGCGGCCGCAGUGCUUUCCUCCGGCCCUGGAUCUGCCAGCGACGAUGAUGAGGUAUCUGAGGUGGAGUCCUUCAUAUUAGACCAGGAAGACCUGGACAACCCCAUGCUAAAGACGGCAUCAGAGCUGCUCCUGUCCAGCGCUGCCGACGGAGCUGAUCUCAGAACAGUGGACCCAGAAACACAAGCCAGAUUGGAGGCUCUGUUGGAAGCAGCCGGUAUUGGUAAACUGUCCACCACCGAUGGAAAAGCCUUCGCAGAUCCAGAGGUGCUACGCCGCUUGACGUCGUCCGUGAGCUGUGCGCUGGACGAGGCCGCCGCCGCUCUCACACGCAUGAGGGCCGAAAACACACUCAACGCCAGCCAGGCAGACAAUCUGGUUAUUUUCAGCCGUAGCUUGGCGGAGGCGUGCUCCGACGGGGACGUCAACGCUGUGAGGAAGCUGCUGGAUGAGGGGAGGAGCGUCAACGAACACACAGAGGAGGGAGAGAGUCUGCUCUGCCUAGCCUGCUCUGCUGGUUACUAUGAACUUGCACAGGUCUUGCUGGCCAUGCACGCUAACGUUGAAGAUCGGGGCAUCAAGGGUGACAUCACGGCCCUCAUGGCCGCAGCCAGCGGCGGCUACGUAGACAUCGUCAAACUGCUGCUGGUACACGGGGCUGACGUCAACGCGCAGUCCUCCACAGGUAACACGGCGCUGACGUACGCGUGUGCGGGCGGCUUCCUGGACGUGGUGAAGGUGCUGCUGAAGGAAGGCGCCAACAUCGAGGACCACAACGAGAACGGCCACACCCCCCUGAUGGAGGCGGCGAGCGCGGGUCACGUGGAGGUGGCCCGGGUGCUCCUGGAGUACGGGGCUGGUAUCAACACACACUCCAACGAGUUCAAGGAAAGUGCUCUUACGCUGGCCUGCUACAAAGGGCACCUGGACAUGGUGCGCUUCCUGUUAGAGGCGGGGGCUGACCAGGAGCACAAGACCGACGAGAUGCACACAGCACUCAUGGAGGCUUGUAUGGAUGGGCAUGUGGAGGUGGCGCGGUUGCUGUUGGACAGCGAGGCGCAGGUCAACAUGCCCGCUGACUCUUUCGAGUCUCCGCUGACGCUGGCGGCCUGUGGGGGCCAUGUAGAGCUUGCUGCCCUGCUGAUGGAGAGGGGCGCCAACCUGGAGGAGGUUAACGAUGAGGGAUACACCCCCCUCAUGGAAGCUGCACGAGAGGGCCACGAGGAGAUGGUGGCGCUGCUUUUGGCACAAGGUGCCAACAUCAACGCUCAGACGGAGGAGACCCAGGAGACAGCCCUGACGCUGGCCUGCUGCGGGGGCUUCCUGGAGGUGGCCGACUUCCUCAUCAAGGCCGGGGCCGACAUCGAGCUGGGCUGCUCCACGCCUCUCAUGGAGGCUGCACAGGAGGGACACCUGGAGCUGGUCAAGUACCUGCUGGCUGCUGGAGCCAAUGUCCACGCCACCACGGCGACGGGGGACACGGCGCUGACCUACGCCUGUGAGAACGGACACACAGACGUGGCUGACGUGCUGCUGCAGACGGGGGCUGACCUGGAGCAUGAAUCGGAGGGGGGCAGGACCCCUCUAAUGAAAGCCGUUAGAGCGGGCCACCUCUGUACUGUACAGUUCCUAAUCAGCAAAGGAGCUAAUGUGAACAGGGCGACGGCCAACAAUGAUCACACAGUAGUGUCUCUAGCCUGUGCCGGGGGCCACCUGGCCGUGGUGGAGCUGCUGCUGUCCCAUGGGGCUGAUCCUACACACAGACUGAAGGAUGGCUCCACCAUGCUGAUCGAAGCUGCUAAGGGCGGUCACACCAUCGUGGUGUCCUAUCUCCUCGACUACCCCAACAACGUCCUGUCGGUCCCCGUGACAGACUUGUCUCAGCUCACACCCCCAUCCCAUGACACCUCUCCGGCUCCACGAGUUCCAUUCCAAGCCCUGGCCAUGGUGGUGCCUCCUCAAGAGCCAGACAGAGUGCCCUCCAACAUCACAACACCUCCAUCCGUCAUCACAAAAGGUGGCUCCAAGCAGAGGCUGAGCCCCCUACAGGGCAGCCCCGUCGCCGCAGGAGGUCCGGACGUGGACCUGCUGCCUCCUUUCCACCCGUACCAGCCCCUAGAGUGCAUCGUGGAAGAGACUGAGGGCAAGCUGAACGAGCUUGGCCAGAGGAUCUCCGCUAUAGAGAAGGCCCAGCUGCAGUCCUUGGAGCUCAUCCAGGGAGAGCCUCUCACCAAAGACAAGAUCGAGGAGCUGAAGAAGAGCCGCGAGGAGCAGGUCCAGAAGAAGAAGAAGAUCCUCAAGGAGCUGCAGAAGGUGGAGCGCCAGCUGCAGCUCAAGACACAGCAGCAGUUCACCAAAGAGUACAUGGAGGCCAAAGGCCUGAAGGACGACCCGGGGCAGCUUGGCCAGGCGGCAGGGGUGGAGCAGCCCGGCACCCCCCUGCCCUUGCAGGCUGCAGAGCCGGGCUCCGACACCGAGGGGGACGGGGAGGGCAUCCACCACCAUGAUGGACAGCCCCACCCCGCCGCUGAGGAAGAGGACGAUGAGGAGGAGGAGGAGGAGGAGGAGGACUACGCCAAGCUACCUCAGGUGGACACCAUCCUGUAUAGACAGGCCCAGGAACCCCCGCCACCCGCUCCUUCUCACACCCAGGCCCUGCCGAGUCCUGCUCCUCCUCACACCCAGGCCCUGCCGUGUCCCGCUCCUCCUCACACCCAGGCCCUGCCGUGUCCCGCUCCUCCUCACACCCAGGCUCUGCAGUGUCCCGCUCCUCCUCACACCCAGGCCCUGCCGAGUCCCGCUCCUCCUCACACCCAGGCCCUGCAGUGUCCCGCUCCUCCUCACACCCAGGCCCUGCAGUGUCCCGCUCCUCCUCACACCCAGGCCCUGCAGUGUCCCGUUCCUCCUCACACCCAGGCCCUGCAGUGUCCCGCUCCUCACACCCAGGCCCUGCCGUGUCCCGCUCCUCCUCACACCCAGGCCCUGCAGUGUCCCGCUCCUCCUCACACCCAGGCCCUGCCGAGUCCUGCUCCUCCUCACACCCAGGCCCUGCCGUGUCCCGCUCCUCCUCACACCCAGGCCCUGCCGAGUCCCGCUCCUCCUCACACCCAGGCCCUGCAGUGUCCCGCUCCUCCUCACACCCAGGCCCUGCAGUGUCCCGCUCCUCCUCACACCCAGGCCCUGCCGUGUCCCGCUCCUCCUCACACCCAGGCCCUGCCGUGUCCCGCUCCUCCUCACACCCAGGCCCUGCAGUGUCCCGCUCCUCCUCACACCCAGGCCCUGCAGUGUCCCGCUCCUCCUCACACCCAGGCCCUGCAGUGUCCCGCUGCUCCGCCCCUCCUGCAGGCCCAUUUCUUACCCUCCCAUCUCCUGGCCACCCAGCAGUCCACAGACUUCAGUACGGCAGACUACCCCGUCAGCUCCAGCCCCGAUCUGGAGAGGGUGAUGGUGAACCAGCAGCAGAUGUUGUGGCAGCAGUUGACAGACCUGGGACCGGGCCUUCUCACCCAGGCCCCUGAAGGACUCAUGGUGGCCACCCCAGCACAGACCCUCACAGAUACUUUGGACGACAUCAUGGCAGCAGCGGUGAGCAGCAGAGUCCCCAUGUUGAGCACGACGGCCUCGCCACCAGCACAGACGCCCAUCCAUUCAGUGUCCCCACACUCUAUGCUCCCCCUCUACCCCUCCGUAGACAUCGACGCACACACGGAGAGUAAUCACGACACCGCUCUGACGCUGGCCUGUGCCGGCGGUCACGAGGAGCUGGUGUCGGUGCUCGUCGCCCGCGGGGCUAACAUCGAGCAUCGGGAUAAGAAAGGUUUCACUCCUCUGAUCCUGGCUGCUACAGCGGGUCAUGUUGGCGUGGUGGAGAUCCUGCUGGAUAAAGGAGGGGACAUCGAAGCCCAGUCGGAGAGAACCAAAGACACUCCUCUCUCCCUGGCCUGCUCUGGAGGAAGACAGGAGGUGGUGGAGCUGUUGCUGCUGCGCGGGGCCAACAAGGAGCACCGUAACGUUUCAGACUACACUCCUCUCAGCCUGGCCGCCUCGGGGGGCUUCGUCAACAUCAUCAAGAUCCUCCUCAACACUGGAGCUGAAAUCAACUCCAGGACUGGGAGUAAGCUGGGUAUCUCUCCUCUGAUGCUGGCUGCCAUGAACGGUCACGUCCCUGCGGUCAAGCUGCUGCUGGACAUGGGUUCCGACAUCAACGCUCAGAUCGAGACUAACCGCAACACGGCGCUGACCCUGGCCUGCUUCCAGGGACGGGCGGAGGUGGUCAGUCUGCUGCUGGACCGCAAGGCCAACGUGGAGCACCGCGCCAAGACUGGGCUGACCCCCCUCAUGGAGGCGGCAUCGGGUGGCUAUGCUGAGGUGGGGCGGGUGCUGCUGGAUAAGAGCGCUGACGUCAACGCCCCACCCGUCCCCUCCUCCCGAGACACCGCGCUCACCAUCGCUGCAGACAAGGGCCACUACAAGUUCUGUGAGCUCCUAAUCAACCGAGGUGCUCACAUUGACGUGCGCAAUAAGAAGGGAAACACUCCCCUGUGGCUGGCGGCCAACGGCGGCCAUUUUGACGUGGUGCAGCUGCUGGUGCAGGCUGGGACCGAUGUCGACGCAGCAGACAACCGCAAGAUCACACCACUCAUGGCUGCCUUCCGCAAGGGCCAUGUGAAGGUGGUUCAGUACCUGGUCAAGGAGGUCAACCAGUUCCCCUCGGACAUCGAGUGCAUGAGAUACAUUGCCACCAUCACGGACAAGGACCUGCUGAAGAAAUGUCACCAGUGCAUGGAGACCAUUGUCAAAGCCAAAGACCAGCAGGCAGCAGAGGCCAACAAGAACGCCAGCAUUCUGCUGAAGGAGCUGGACUUGGAGAAGUCCAGGGAAGAGAGUAAGAAGCAAGCCCUGGCCGCUAAGCGUGAGAAGCGUAAGGAGAAACGCAAGAAGAAGAAGGAAGAUCAGAAGAGGAAGCUGGAGGGGGAGGAAGAGGAGGAGGAAGAAGAGGAGGCCAAAGUAAAAGAGGAGUUAGAGGACCAAGACUCCUCUGAAGACGGUGACGUCCCCAUUGACCCGCCCAGCGCUACCACCACCACUACCAUCGGCAUCUCUGCCACCUUCACCAACGCCUUCGCCAAGAAACGAGCCAAUGUGGCGACCACGCCCAGCACCAACCGCAAGAACAAGAAGAACAAGACCGUGGAGCCCGUCAUCCUGCAGGACCCCCAGGUGGCGCUGGCUCAGCAGAAGACCGACAAAGACAAGAUCCACGGGGAGCCCAGGGGCGGCAGGGUGCCUGGUGGCAGCGACUCGGACAACCUGGACAGCACCGACUGCAACAGUGAGAGCAGCAGCAGCGGAGGCAAGAGCCAGGAGCUCAACUACCUACCGGACAUGCCCUCUUCAUCUUCCUCAUCCUCGUCUUCAUCGUCUGCUCCCUCGGGGGUGAGCCAACAUCCCCAGCCGGUCCCUGAGAAGAGGCACAGCUCCCGAGACCACAAGGUCACAGUGUGCAUCUCCAAACCACACCAGAAACUCCAUGACUGCAUCAACGUCCUGGCGCCCAGCUCCCUUCCCCCCUCCUUCAAAACCAUUUCAGUGCCGGUCACCUCGCCCAACAGCAAGAUGAACCUCACCAGCCCCAAGAGGGGCCAGAAGAGGGAAGACGGCUGGAAAGAGGUGGUACGGAGAUCUAAGAAGUUAUUGGUGCCUGCCUCUGUGGUGUCUCGGAUCAUGGGCAGAGGUGGCUGUAACAUCACUGCCAUUCAGGACGUGACCGGAGCUCACAUCGACGUGGACAAACAGAAGGACAAGAAUGGAGAAAGGAUGAUCACCAUCAGAGGAGGUACUGAGUCGACUCGGCACGCUGUACAACUGAUCAACGCCCUGAUCCAAGACCCAGCUAAGGAGCUGGAGGACCUAAUCCCCAGAAACCACAUCCGCACUCCUGGUACCAGCACCAAGAUGGGCUCCACCUACACCACCUCCACAGGGGCCACCAACACUACGGCGGCCGGCUCAAAGGGCCUGGCAUCGGUGUUUCCGUCGUCCGCUGUGUCCUUCCAGACCCCCCCGGUCUCUCAGCAGGGAGGGAAGAUGGGAAAGAACCUGUCCCCCGGGGUGAGGCCCCCCUUUGUUUCACUGCCCCUGGCGUAUGCCAACCCACACCUGGCCCUGCUGGCUGCCCAGACCAUGCACCACAUCCGACACCCACGUCUGCCCAUGGCACAGUUCGGUGGCACCUUUUCUCCAUCGCCUAACACCUGGGGCCCGUUCCCGGUGAGGCCCGUCAACCCCGGCAGCACUCACAGCUCUCCCAAGCACAACGGGAGCACUGCCCCCCGGCCCUCGCCUGUCUCCGCUGCCCAUCCGGAGUACACAGCUCCUGCCUCUACAGCAGCCCCUGCAGCCACCGUCUCGCCCACCAGCACUGCCCCCUCCGGCACCCCAACGCCCUCCUCUGCCAGGAAGCAGCUCUUCUCUGGCGAACCAAAGACGACCAGCAUGACAGCAGUCACUUCCACAGUGAGCAACGUUCCCGCCACGCAGCUGGCCCCUGCACCCUCCACCAUGUCCUCUACUCCGUCUUCCCCUUCCGUGCCCAUCGCCACGUCUGCACAGCAGCUGCCCGUCUCCAAGCCGGAGCCUGCUGGUGGCACCACGCCUGGUAAAGAGAAGUCCUCUCCAGAUGCAGCACCUGUCCAAGGUGGAGCGUCGGAAGGUUCCAGCUCCAACGGCCCCAUGUACUUCACAGGUCCUCCCACGGCUUCACCAUCACUGCCCUCCCAGCAGCCGGACAGCCGACAGCAGCAGCUGCCACUCCCCUUCUCCCCCAGCACAGAGCCCAGCCCCCAGGCCACCCAGCCUCCCUGCUCCCACCUGCCCUCCUCUCACGCUGCACCAGCAGGGGGCAGCACCGUACCUCACUACGCACAGCCUUCUCCCUCAUGCGUGCAGCCCUCGGCCCAGGUCUACCCCAUGACAGCUGGGACAUCUCCGCAGGAGCACCAUUCUGUGUUUGUAUCCUCUGGAGCCUCCCAGGAGCAACACCAGAAACAACCGCAGCAGUAUACCAACCAGGGUAUGGCAGCCCCUUCCAUGGGCAUGAUGAACGGCUCCCAGAUGCACAGCCACGGGGGCAAGACCCAGCAGCUGCCCCCCAACUACGGCCCCAACGCCCUCUUCAACCAUUUCAGCAGCAUGUUUGACAGCAAUCAGGUGGGCAACAAUCAGGUGUGGGGAGCAUGUCACCUGCCUGCUCGGACCCCUCCGGAGCAGCCCUACAUGGGAGGCAUGGGACAGAUGGAGAAGGUGAUGCCAGCUCCUGACGGCUCCAAGGCUCCAGGGUACCGCUGCAACUCCCAGAGGAUUGUCACCAGUCCCAUCGGCAUGCACAUGGACCCGUCGGGAAACGCCAUCUCUUCGUCUGCUGCUCUGACCAGCUUCGCCACCAGUAUCUCUGGCAGUGCAGUGUACCUGCAGGGUCCGUCCCCGGUGGGAACCCCCUCCUUUAGCCGCCAGCAUUUUUCCCCUCACCCCUGGAGCGCCUCCACCUCCAGUGAGUCCCCGGUGUCCUCCGUGUCGUCCCCUCUUUGUGCAUCCACGGUGACCACGGCUCUGAUUCAGGCUAAGCCCAGCGGCAACAGCCAGCAGGACCGCAAGGUGCCCCCACCCAUUGGCACUGAGCGCCUGGCACGCAUCCGCCAGACGGGCUCCGUGAACCACGCCAUGCUCACCGCCGGCUACACGCCGCCUGUGGGACAGGGAGGAAUCUGGUCCUUCGGCGUGGGCAGUGCGUCUGUCCUCCCCUGCUCUUACCCUCCACCUUUAGAGGCGAUGUCAGGCUGGUCUCAGCCCCUGAUGGGUGGUCACGUGAUACAGCAGCCGUCUGGCUUCUCCCAGCACCAAGCCAUGGAGAGGGACGACACCGGCAUCGUGAACCCCUCAAACACCUUCCAUCAACCCAUGCCCACCAACUUCAUGGACUUCCCAAAGGGUUUGCCAAUGUAUGGCGGGACGAUCAUUCCUCCCCACCCUCCUAUGGGAGAGGCCCCUGGGGGCCCCAUGUACAACGGGCUCCAUAGCGCUGACCCUGCCUGGAAUCCCAUCAUGAAUGUGGUCUCCAACUCUGCAGAGACUGCAGAAACACAGCAGGUCUGGCCUGGGACUUGGGCCCCGCACGUUGGGAAUGUGCACCUGAAUCACGUCAACUGAACACAUCAUCUAGCGAUUUGAAGCAUAGGACCAUUAAUAACAAGACUCAUACACGUUUUAAGAGAACCAGAUAAUUACAUAAUAUACAAAGAUAUUAACCUAGGGAGUGUCCAGAAACGGAGAAAUUGGAUGUUCGGACACCGUUUUGAUGUGCCUAACUCAAAAGACGAAUCCAGUGUGGGCUGUAACUUGUUUAUCACCGUCUAUGAACAAACCGAUUGCCUGUUAAACAGGAUCCAUUCUUUGCGUAGUAUAGCCAUUAUUUUUGACUUUAAAAGCCCCCCACAUUAAUUGUUCUUGGUCUGCAGGGCUCUACAGGACUGUACGCUUAUUUAUACUCAGUCCAAGAACUAGGUGAUAACAUAAAGCGAGAACUAAGUCCUUUUAGUGGUAAAUACAUGUAUAAUUGUUUACAUACAACAACAAAAAAAGGGUUAAAACCAGAGUACAUGUCGUAUAGUGACUCUACUGUAUUAAUGUGUAAUAUUUACCUUAAUAGUCAAUAAAAAAAAUUACGAAACUGUA